GGGCGACAAGUCCCGAACUUCAAUGAGGGAUAACCACAAAGUUUUCCGGUAUGGCAAUGCAAGAAUUUCUCAAGGAAGCGGCAUCCCGAUUGGAUCGGAUCGUUGUACCUCUGGAAGAAGGCGACCCCUUCGAGCCAGAGACCCCUCCGGGGAAACGCCAAGAACCGCUCAAGUGCAACCGUUGCUUACUCUCCCCGGGGCGUCACAACAACAGAAAUCUCGAGCUGGAAAUACGCUGGACGAAUUUGGCUUCUGCGCUUUACGAUGAUAUCAUCUCUGGUAAUCUCCCCGAAGGUGUAACUCUGUGUCACCUGUCAAACCACAUGAGUUCCCGUCUCGAUUCUGGUUUACGGAAGUGCUCGAGAUUCUCGGGCUUGUUCCCCAUCGAAAACCCCUUCUGGAAAUUCCUGGUUUCCAUCUGGCUGAUAUCGCUUUGUGUGAUGAUGAUCAGUUUUCUCAUGCUGGGAGAUGGAUUCAUUUUAAUCAUUCGAUGCAUCCGCUCCUUUUUCCUCAGAUCAUCCACUCCGGCUAUACUAUUCAUAAUGUUUCUGCGGGAAGCGGCCUACAGAUUUUUGUCGGUCUAUGUGAAGAUGCUCCGCUGUUUCGCUCAGUUUUGCCUAAUAGUCCCCAAAUGGUGGCUCCGUACUUUCGGAAUGUAGUGAGUACAUAAAUAUAUCGCCGACGGUGAGCUUCUUGAGGUCAGAGGCAGGUAGAGGAGGCUCAUCAGUAUUCAUCUCGAUCAGAUUUGUGCGAUUAUCUGUCCUUAUUCCCAGAAUUAUCCGGUAUUGUCCCUUGAGAGCCGAUUCGUGUCUCACUCAAGCAGAUGUUCUAAAGUUAAUGAGCCCGCGGAGUUUCCCUAGCCGUUGAUCCAACCAUCGAUGACCAUGAGAUAUUCCGACCCCCUUGUCAUUUCUAGCGAUUCGAAUUGUACACGAAUCGAAAUAAAUACGGGGGCUCUGUCUUU